AAUACUUGCAACUAUUAUGUUAAUCACUGAAAUCUUAGUGUACUAAUUGCUCGCUAUAAGCUAGGUUAUUGCGCCCCUAAACCAACGUACUGACAACGGUCCCAGGAACUCAAACUUUAACAAAUAUACGUCUGACUAACAUCUUCAACAAUGAGCUCAGCUAGCAAGGUUGGAGAGAUCUUCUCCGCUGCUGGUGCUGCUUUCAGUAAACUGGGAGAACUGACGAUGCAACUACAUCAGAGUUCAGAACCAUCUUCUGGAGCGAAAUGGACAGAACAGGAGGUUGAUAUGUUGCGCAAUGCGGUGAAGAGAUUUGGAGAUGACCUCAACCAAGUUAGUGAGAUCAUGAAAAAUAAAACUAUCUCCCAAAUCCGAUCACAGUUAAGGAAGAAGUCAUUUGAAGAGUCUGGCCUGCCCGUUCCUCCGGAGCAGCCAAAAAGUGCAACAUCGCCCAAGAAAGUGAAAAUAGAGGCUGGACAAUCAGAUGGGGAACCAGCUGCUAAGAAACAGAAAACUUCAGAAGUGACGUUGAGUGCGUUGAAUGCUCCUGAGGGGGAUGUUGACAUUGAGACAAUCGGAGAAAAUGCCGGACCCAUGAACAAGAAGUUGGACUUUGAUUCGGAUUUGGAAUCUAAUAUCCUGUAAACACAUCAAAUGUCAGACAAGACAUGGCUGAUGUGUUCACUGGUGUCUCUGAGAACAAGUGAAUGUGGAGUAAGCAACACAUGCAUGGAUCAUCGGCUUAAAGUCUUGCUGAAUUGCAGGAUUGGAAUUACUUGUGUCUCCACGGUUGAAAUAAUCUCUGUGACAUCCUACGGAUGUUUAAAACUUGAUCUUGUGAGGACAAUGCAAGCUUUUCAUGGGCUCACAUACUGUUAGGUAUUGGAAAUGUUUUUGACCAGACAGCCAACUGGGAUUGCCUAGCCUAUAUUGUACUUACAUCAGUUCAUUUCCCGUACUUCUCACUUACAUACUUCCAUUUCCCAUAAACAGUCUGUGAAAAGCAAAACCAUGGACAAUGGCAAAUACGGGUUGCAUCAUCUGUCAUCAUUUCUUAGAAGUUGAAAAUCUAAAAUGAACGAUUGGAAAAUUCGAAAAUUGGCAUGGAAUUUGUCAUCCUAUGGUCACUAAUCUAUUUCGAACAACCGGACCCUUGAGAGAUCAUCAGACCUGUUUGGACAGGCAUGGGUUGUCAGAUAGUGGAUGAAUGUUCUGCUGUGUAGGAGUGUUGGAAGUAGGGGGAAAGGACUCUGUGUAUUUUACCAAUGCCGGGAUAAUUUAGAUUUCUACUAUUUGUAAAGUGUAUAUUAAAUAAAUGUGCUUUUUAUGGA